GCCACCUCGGAAGGUUGCCAGAUCAUACACCCGCCCUGGGAAGGGGGCAUCCGGUACCGGGGUCUCACUCGGGACCAGGUGAAGGCCAUCAACUUCCUGCCCGUGGACUAUGAGAUCGAGUAUGUAUGCCGCGGGGAGCGCGAGGUUGUGGGGCCCAAGGUUCGAAAGUGCCUGGCCAACGGCUCCUGGACGGACAUGGACACCCCCAGCCGCUGUGUCCGAAUCUGCUCCAAGUCUUACUUGACCCUGGAAAAUGGGAAGGUUUUCCUGACGGGUGGGGACCUCCCAGCUCUGGACGGAGCCCGGGUGGAUUUCCGGUGUGACCCCGACUUCCAUCUGGUGGGCAGCUCCCGGAGCAUCUGUAGUCAGGGCCAGUGGAGCACCCCCAAGCCCCACUGCCAGGUGAACCGAACGCCACACUCAGAGCGGCGCGCAGUCUACAUCGGGGCGCUGUUCCCCAUGAGCGGGGGCUGGCCCGGGGGCCAGGCCUGCCAGCCCGCGGUGGAGAUGGCGCUGGAGGACGUGAACAGCCGCAGGGACAUCCUGCCGGACUAUGAGCUCAAGCUCAUCCACCACGACAGCAAGUGUGACCCAGGCCAAGCCACCAAGUACUUGUAUGAGCUGCUCUACAAUGACCCCAUCAAGAUCAUCCUCAUGCCCGGCUGCAGCUCUGUCUCCACACUUGUGGCUGAGGCUGCCCGGAUGUGGAACCUCAUUGUGCUUUCUUACGGCUCCAGCUCGCCGGCCCUGUCGAACCGGCAGCGCUUCCCCACGUUCUUCCGAACACACCCGUCCGCCACGCUGCAUAACCCCACCCGCGUGAAACUCUUUGAGAAGUGGGGCUGGAAGAAGAUCGCCACCAUCCAGCAGACCACGGAGGUCUUCACCUCGACUCUGGAUGACCUAGAGGAGCGAGUGAAGGAGGCUGGAAUCGAGAUCACCUUCCGCCAGAGUUUCUUCUCAGAUCCAGCCGUGCCCGUGAAGAACCUGAAGCGCCAGGAUGCCCGGAUAAUUGUGGGACUUUUCUAUGAGACCGAAGCCCGGAAGGUUUUUUGUGAGGUAUACAAGGAGCGGCUCUUUGGGAAGAAGUACGUCUGGUUCCUCAUUGGGUGGUACGCUGACAAUUGGUUCAAGACGUAUGACCCAUCUAUCAACUGCACAGUGGACGAGAUGACCGAGGCCGUGGAGGGCCAUAUCACCACUGAGAUUGUCAUGCUGAACCCUGCCAAUACCCGCAGCAUUUCCAACAUGACAUCCCAGGAAUUUGUGGAGAAACUAACCAAGAGACUCAAAAGACACCCCGAGGAGACGGGAGGUUUUCAGGAAGCGCCACUGGCCUAUGACGCCAUCUGGGCCCUGGCAUUGGCCUUGAACAAGACGUCUGGAGGAGGUGGCCGUUCAGGUGUACGCCUGGAGGAUUUCAACUACAACAACCAGACCAUUACCGACCAGAUCUACCGGGCAAUGAAUUCCUCAUCCUUCGAGGGUGUCUCCGGCCAUGUGGUGUUUGAUGCGAGUGGCUCCCGGAUGGCUUGGACACUUAUUGAGCAGCUACAGGGUGGCAGCUACAAGAAGAUCGGCUACUAUGACAGCACCAAGGAUGACCUUUCCUGGUCCAAAACAGAUAAGUGGAUCGGAGGGACCCCUCCAGCUGACCAGACCCUGGUCAUCACGACGUUCCGCUUCCUGUCACAGAAACUCUUCAUCUCCGUCUCAGUUCUCUCCAGCUUGGGCAUUGUCCUAGCUGUUGUCUGUCUGUCCUUUAACAUCUACAACUCUCAUGUCCGUUACAUCCAGAACUCACAGCCUAACCUGAAUAACCUGACUGCUGUGGGCUGCUCGCUGGCAUUGGCUGCUGUCUUCCCCCUUGGGCUGGAUGGUUACCACAUCGAGAGAAAUCAGUUCCCUUUUGUCUGCCAGGCCCGCCUCUGGCUCCUGGGCCUGGGCUUUAGUCUGGGCUAUGGCUCCAUGUUCACCAAGAUCUGGUGGGUCCACACAGUCUUCACAAAGAAGGAAGAAAAGAAGGAAUGGAGGAAGACUCUGGAGCCUUGGAAGCUGUAUUCCACGGUGGGCCUGCUGGUAGGCUUGGAUGUCCUUACUCUCGCCAUCUGGCAGAUUGUGGACCCCUUGCACCGGACCAUCGAGACUUUUGCCAAGGAAGAGCCAAAGGAAGACAUUGAUGUGUCUAUUCUGCCCCAGCUGGAGCACUGCAGCUCCAAGAAGAUGAAUACGUGGCUUGGUAUUUUCUAUGGUUAUAAGGGCCUGCUGCUGCUGCUGGGAAUCUUUCUUGCUUAUGAGACCAAAAGUGUAUCUACUGAGAAGAUCAACGACCACAGAGCUGUGGGCAUGGCCAUCUACAACGUGGCGGUCUUGUGCCUCAUUACCGCCCCUGUUACCAUGAUCCUGAGCAGCCAGCAGGACGCAGCCUUUGCCUUUGCCUCUCUCGCCAUCGUGUUCUCCUCUUAUAUUACUCUGGUUGUGCUGUUUGUGCCCAAGAUGCGCAGGCUGAUCACCCGAGGUGAAUGGCAGUCUGAGGCCCAGGACACCAUGAAGACGGGGUCAUCCACCAACAACAACGAGGAGGAAAAGUCCCGGCUCUUGGAGAAGGAAAACCGUGAACUGGAAAAGAUCAUUGCUGAGAAAGAGGAGCGGGUCUCUGAACUGCGCCAUCAGCUCCAGUCUCGGCAGCAGCUUCGCUCCCGGCGCCACCCCCCAACGCCCCCAGACCCUUCUGGAGGUCUACCCAGGGGACCCCCCGAGCCCCCCGACCGGCUUAGCUGUGAUGGGAGUCGAGUCCACUUGCUUUACAAGUGAGGGGUAUCAGGGAGGACAGCCAGUAGGGGUGGGAAGGGAGCAGGGAGAGGGCGGGAGACUGGGAGGAAGUGGGUGUCUGUCCCCAGUCAGAAGAACAUGCUCUCCGAUCCCACGUCUUAAAUACCCGUUCCUCUUGAGUCCUAGGAUCAUUUGGGUCUCCAGAACUCUGAGAAAUAGACCUUUUCUGUCUCACUCAUUCAUAUACUCUUGUAUCAUUACUUCAGAGUUUAGUUUGUGUUUCACGGAAAGCUCCUCACGGGUGACUCCUUGUCAGCUUGGCCAUUUCUCUGCCUCCACACACUGCUGUCUCAUUACCAUGGCAACCUCUAGUCCCUUGGCCCUCUGUCAGCAGAGCUCUUGUCCACACAAGUGCUCUUUCCGCUCGAGCGGGGCCUGUUACUCGCCCUCCAACCCUCCUUCCGUCCCACUUUCUCCUUGCAUUUCUUUCCUCCGAGUGCUCAUUCUUCUCACCAAGGCUCACUGUGUGUGCUCCUCUGUGUGUUCGUGCUGCUCAGGACACACACGUCCUUCCCUGCCCUGCUUGUGCCCACUGGGCAUGUUCCUGUUCACACGUGUUCUUCGCCCGAGCUCUCUCGUGUGGGUACAUGUGCUCCCUGUGGACCCUGCACUAGCUGUGCGUGUCCCUCUCAUGGUCACGGGUCUGCCCUUGUGUGCGGGUCAGGAGCUGUGUCUUCCUGCCACACACAUCCAUGUUUGCCUGCCCUCUUCUCACCUGAAGAGCACUGAAUUCUUUCAACAGAACCGUGUGCAGUCACCUUAUGCGUUGUUACGCCCUUUGCCCUACUUGCUUUGCUGGGGCGCCUACACUCCUCCCUCCUGUGCUCGGUGUCUGCUCAGAUGGUCCCGGUCUGUCCUUUGCAGUCAUCGCAUCACCCGCAGUCUACACUCGGUCCUCUUCCUCCAGGACUGCUCCCUUUCACUGUGUGUAUGUUUGGGAACCUAGGGUGGAGGAACGGGGCCAGGCUUGGAGAGCUGCUUCCAGAAGACAGGAUCCUGAUCAAAGAGGGACACCUCAGACCCUUGGGAUGAAGAGAUGGACCGAUGGGGUGAUGGGUAGUGUCCCUUUCACAUUGGUGUCUCGGGGCAGGAUCUCCCUGAAUCUCAAUAAACCAGUGGACAGUGUGACUUGG